GCAACGGAAUGGAGCAUUUGUGAGUUCUUGGACGAAUGUGAUGAGAAAAAUUUCAAACGAAAACUUGACGUAUAUACCCAAUCCCUAGAAAAUAUCAUCAAAAGGGAUAAGAAGCAUGACAAAGCCCGGCUUUUGCUAGACAGAUAUAAAAGGCAAAUACAAAUAGGAGAAAAACCCGAUAAAAAAGAAGCAAGAAAAUGGAAGGAUAAACAAUCCAAAGAAGUUGGCGGAACUUCAAUAAACAUUUACCAACCCAAUUUUUUGGACGAUUUAGCCAUUCUUUAUGAUAAAUUGAUAUCGGGAAUUAAUACCGCAAGAGAAAACAAAAUGAAUUGUUUGACCCCACUAUGCUGGGGCAUUGUUGACCUUAGAGCGGAGAAUAUUUCUCCGUGUCCAAACCAUCCUCGUGCGAAAGAAUUCUUAUCAGAUACAGAAGUUGGAAGACUUCACCAAUUAGCUAAAAAAAUUGUAAAUGAGGAAUCCCGGUUGAACCCAUCCGCUAUGGCACUGAUAGAGGCGCUUCAAUAUGGAACGUUCAGCCUCAAAAAACUAAGCAAAAAAAAGAGGGCUCGAGGGAUUCUGGGCAUUUGCUCAUUAUUAAAAAUCAAGUCCAAUGUGGACAUAUAUGAUAAAGACACCCAACAUGUUGGGGAAUGUAUGGAUUCUUUCGAUAGUUGGGUGCGAAUUUACGGUGGUUCAUCGCAUAUCGAAAGGACAGUUGAUAUGCAUCUUGUUGGUCCAUUUUCGAAGGUUCCUGGUGUAAAAUUUAUAUAUGGAGAGAGUCAUUCAGAUGCAGAUAGAAAUGAAAAGUCUUCCAGAUGUCAAUCAGAUCAACCUGGAAAGGCGUGUGAUUUUAUUUUUUUGGAGAAUGGGCACGAGAUCGGCAUUGGUGAAAACACUGGGCCUACGCAUAAGGAUCACUAUAAAAAAAGCGUCACCGAUUUUGUAGAUGUUAUCAAAGUGGCACGAGCACAACAUAUCAGUUUCCAAACCAAGUGUAUAGAAGAAAGUGGAUGUAGUCCCCUCCCAUCAAAUAUCCAAAAUGCAUUGAUACUUGUAUCAAUUCCCUUCUUCCAUGUGAUCGGAAUGAAAAUCCGAUUUUACAUUUUAAUACAGAUCAAUGGAGACUUGUAUGUUAUGUGGGAAUGGUCUUCUCAAGACUUACCAAAAAAGGAAGGAGACAUUAUUGCUGCGGUGGCUUUAACCACAAAGCAAGUGUGGGGCACAGAGCAAAUUGCGGGUUUCUCUGUGUUAAAUCUGUGGGAUGAUCACACUGGCACCACCGGUGCGCCAAAUUUAACUGUGGGUUACAUUUGGGAUAAAAACCUGAUAACAAAGAAGCAAGAAAAUGGAAAGAAUCCAAAGAAUUAUCUUAUCGAUAUUAUGGGUCAAGAAAGUAUGUCGUACAGGAUCAAGAAGGUAAUUUUUGCAGAAGAGGAAGACUUACAAAAAGGUAGUUCUUAG